CCCACCUCUAAUUCAAAAUCAUUGUUUUGGUAAAUGAGCAAACAACGCGCUUAGACAUGAGCUAUAUACAAUUUGAGAGUGCCAGGGAGAAGGACAAGGCGCGCCAGGAGCUGCGGGAAGCCCGCUCCGAGAUGCUACAGCAGGCCAAGGAACGGGCGGAGCUCCGUGGCCAGCGGGAACGGCAAAAGGAGCUGCGUGGCGAAGCCGACUGGAUGCUGCCCGCCGUGGCCAAGAAACUGGCGGAGAAGCCCGCCAAGAAGGCCAAAAAGAAGAGCUCCAAGCACAAGUCCAGGUCGAAGUCCAAGUCCUCCAAGAAGAGCAGGAAACACCACAGCAGCAGCGAUAGUUCCAGCUCAUCCAGCUCAUCCAGCUCAUCCAGCUCAUCCUCCUCCUCUUCCUCCAGUGAGGAUGAAAAGGAGCGCAAGCGGCGCAAGAAGAAGUCGAAGAGGAGCCGCAAGGAGAGCACCAGCGAGGACGAGUGGGUAGAGGCUCCGCCGCCUCCCGUGGCGGACAAGGUGACCGAGAAGGAGUCCCUUCAGCGCGACACUUGGAUGACCAGCGAGGCCCUGCUGCUGAAGACCUUCUCCAAGGAGCGGAAGGAACCGACCAAGCACAACGAGAAGGCGCAGCAAAUCGAUGCCUACGAUCCGGCCAAGAGCGGUCGUGAGCUCAAUCCCUACUGGAAGAGCAAUGGCACGGGACUGCCCGGCUUCCAGAAGCCGCUGGACGACGAUGAGCGGCAUUCCAAGCCCCAGACCAUCAGCUCCGGUCAGGGAUCCUCGCGCGGCUGGCGAAAGCCUGGCGCAAAGCCUCCCAGUCCGGCAAGACGUAGCAGAUCUCGCUCUCGCUCUCGCAGUGUCUCCUCAUCUGCGGAGGAACAGGCGAUAGAGGAGGAUCCUAAGCCCACCGCCUCCUGCCUCACAGACGAGCAGAUCAACGAGCUGGCCGGCAAGGCCAUCAAGGCGGAACUCAAAGGCAAGAAGGAGCUGGCGGCGGAACUAAACCAGCAGCUGGAGGCAGCGCGAAAGGAACGGGCGGAGUUCAUUGCCUCCGGCAAGUCGACACCAAAGCCAAUUGGCAAAGCAGUCAAGUCCAAGUCCAAGGCCUCGGCAGAGCAUGUGCUGCUUACCAAGAUGGACCAGAGCGGCAACGUGCGUCCCCUCGUUCACUCCGCCGACCCCAACGAGCUGUACGGCGGAAGGAGGGGACAGAAGCGCAGCAGCAAGAAGGUGGACACCCAUGUGGAUGGCCAGCGGGUGAGAUACUUUGCCGACGACGAUCGCUAUGAUAUCAAGCAAAUGUUUGAGCGGGAGAAGCAUGCCACGGCCGCAGAAGCCAACCUGCAGUAUGCCGACAUUGUGUCCAAGCACAAGAACCCUAACGAUGAUUUGGAGGACAUAUUCGCGGACAAGGUGCGCAAGCAGAUCUCGGCCGGCGAUGCCGAGCAGCGGGAGCUGCAGGGCGCCAUACGGGAGCAUGAGAGGCUGGCGGCCAGUCUGGAGAACUGCGAUCGCUGCUUUGAUUCCGCCAAGUUGGACAAACAGCUGCUGGUGUCCCUGGGCGAGAAGAUCUACCUCAGCCUGCCGUGGCACAUGGGCCUGCAGAGCGGGCACUGCAUCCUGACCACCCUGCAGCAUGUGCCCUGCUGCACGCAGCUGGACGAGGACGCCUGGGAGGAGCUGGGCAACUUUCGCAAGGCCCUCACCCGCAUGUUCGCCGCCCGGCGCCAGGAUGUGAUUUUCUACGAGAUCGCCAACAAGUUGCAUCGGCGUCCGCAUUUCAGCGUGCACUGCAUACCCAUACCCGCCAGCCAGGGCGAGAUGGCGCCCUUCUACUUCAAGAAGGCCAUCGAGGAGUCGGAGCAGGAGUGGUGCAUCAACAAGCAGCUGGUCUCGCUGCGCCAGAAGUCCCUGCGGGCGGCCAUUCCAAAGGGACUGCCCUACGUGUGGGUGCACUUCGGCAUGGACUCGGGCUUCGCUCACGUCAUCGAGGAUGAGGACCGCUUUCCGGCCAACUUUGCCCAGGAAAUACUUGGCGGCAUGUUGGAGCUGAAUCCGAAUGCGUGGCGCAAGCCCCGGAAGGAGCCAAAUUCCAUCGGAAAGGUCAAAUCCUUUGCGGAAAACUGGAAGAAGUUCGAUUGUACACAACACUAAUCCAGUAUCGAGCUAUCAUAUAUCAAGAUCAAAGCAAGCCAUGCUUAAUUUAUAAUUUAUAAUUUUGUGUAUAAAAAUCAAGAAUAUUUGUAACUCUAGACUUUUGAAACAUUCGGCUUAUCAGUUUUAUGUUAGUAAUUCUCCAAAACAAAAGUUUUUUUGAUUUUUUAUUACCAAAAGUUAUUUAUACAUAUAUGUAGUUCAAUUUUAAACC